UGAUCUGUGCUGUCACUGUCUGUGCUGUCACCAAUCACCACUGUUCACGAUUUUUCGUUUCAUUCUGCAUUCACCAUUUUCGUAACAAACAAAAAGAUUUUUCGUUCUAUCAGGAAACCCAGAAAGAAGAUAUACUGGAGUGCUUUGCUAGAGCGAAGACUGAGGAACAUCGAGCGUGAUGUGAGGGCUCGUUACGAGCGAGCGUCCAUGUCUGAUACUCAGUCGACAGGCCAGGGGGCCAUGCAAGAACCACGUAGACCAUUCUUCUAUCCAGACAGCAGUAGUGACACAGAGGAGUACAGAAGAGACGCGGAUGAGCGUCGCAAGCGUCUAUCUAAACGAAACGGACCAAAUUUACGUCGUAUUCCGACAAAUAUGCCGCCAAAAAAUCAAACUAACGCACCCAUUCCUUCGACUUCUACGCAAGAACCUCCGAAAAACGGACAGAAAAACUUAGCAUGCGAUGAUCGGAUCACGUUGGUUGUGGAUAACACGCGCUUCGUGUUCGAUCCCGCGCAAUUUACUGCACAUCCUAACACAAUGCUUGGGAGAAUGUUUAGUUCAGGUAUAGAGUUCACCCAUCCAAAUGAAAGAGGAGAAUAUGAGGUAGCUGAAGGGAUUUCUGCAACUGUGUUCCGAGCUAUCCUGGAGUACUACCGGGGAGGCACCAUCCGAUGCCCUCCCACUGUGUCUGUGCAGGAGUUGAGAGAGGCCUGCGACUACCUCCUAGUGCCCUUUGAUGCUAACACUGUUAGAUGUCAGAAUCUCAGAGGGCUAUUACACGAGCUAUCGAACGAGGGCGCGCGCCGCCAGUUCGAGUCGUUCCUCGAGCGGCUCAUCCUGCCGCUGAUGGUGGAGUCGGCGCGGCGCGGGGACCGCGAGUGCCACGUGGUGGUGCUGCUGGACGACGACUCGGUGGAGUGGGACGAGGAGUACCCGCCGCAGAUGGGCGACGAGUACAGCCAGACUGUGCUCUCCACUCCGCUCUAUCGCUUCUUCAAAUACAUCGAGAAUAGAGAUGUCGCUAAGCAAGUGAUGAAAGAGCGCGGACUGAAGAAAAUUCGCCUCGGCGUAGAGGGCUAUCCGACUUACAAAGAAAAGGUCCGCAAGAGGCCCGGGGGUCGCGCUGAGGUCAUAUACAACUACGUACAGAGGCCAUUCAUUCACAUGUCCUGGGAGAAGGAGGAGGCGAAGAGUAGACAUGUUGAUUUCCAGUGUUUCAAGUCCAAGUCUGUCACGAAUCUGGCCGAGGCGACGGCUGAUCCUGUUAUUGAAUUGGAACCAAUCAGAGCUAGAGAGGAGGUUGAGGUCCAAGAUCCAGGGGAGGUGCAAGAGGAGGAGCAGUGAUCGCUGGUGCCGCGCAAGGCUGUGCGGAUUUUGAUGGCGUUCUUCUGUUGGUACACAAUGUAGCCGAGGAUGUGGCAUUAUUGGGAUAAUGAUGCUGUGUGCUGAGCUUGACACAAGCUCCAUAAAAGACAGUGGACUGAUAACUUAAGGAUUUUUUAAAUUUGAAAAAUCGUGCAUGAGUUUCCAAAAUAUCAUUUCCAUUUGGUUAUUUUUUGGUGUGUUGAGACCAAAAUUAUAAAACGCAUGAUAUUAUUUUAAAAGAAUGUAGUUAAUAAAUUAAUCAAAAAUUUGAACACCAUAUGUUUUUUAUACUAAGUGCAUAAAUAAAAAAAUCUGUAACAAAGACUAUUUAUAAAUUACGUUGUGGAUGUGGUAAGUCACUACUGUUUCACGUACUUAGAUUUGAUUUUUAAUUUCAACAUGCAGAGUGCAGACUACUUACAAUUUAUGAAUAAAAUCUUAUAGUCAGGGAUCCCACGAACAUUUUGUACACUUGAUUACUAACAAGCUAACUUUUCAUGAGUAGCUUAUUAGAGUAUUCUGGUAGCUAACUGAGUUACUGGCUGUUAAAUUGUUUAACUAUAAUUCAAGCAACAGUAAAUAAAGCUGGUUAGUAACAACUAUUAAUAACCUCGUUAUUGAUACAAGUUGGGAGGAGGAUAGAGUAACAAAAGUUGUUACUAACCUGUUGUUGUUUUUACUGUUGCUGUCUUAGUUUAUAGUUAUACAAUUUAACAGCCACAUAGUCCUACAAACUGCGUGGUAUAUUAUCUCGUUCCGGCGCUCUGAAAUUUUCAUUUCCUGGUAACUCAGUUAGAUACCAGAAUCAAGAAUUUUCGUAAAUAAAAAAGUUGAUCGUCUCAUCGAGAUGAAGCUACUCAUGAAAGAUUAACUUGUUAGUUAUCAGGUGUAAAAAAGAUUCUAGGGAUCCCUGACUAUUAGAUAUGUAUUUAAUUUCUAAAUUACACUCUAGCGACGUUUUAGAACAUAAUAUCCACCGAGGAGACUGAUCUUGGUCUAUUUUUGUCAUAAUAUUAUUUAUACUUCUCAUCAAAAAAAUUAAACAGUCUUCGGCAAGUACUUUUCAGGCGGACUGUUUCGAUUUUUUUGGUAAAAAGUAUAUAUUAUGACAAAGUUAGUACUAAGUACAAAAAAUUCACGAAGUAAUGAAUUUUGAUUCCGUCAUAUUUUAGUUAGAUUGACAAUUUUAGACUUACUAAUUUUACGUUGCUAUAUGCAGUAAAAAAGUACCUAUAUUUUUUUUAUUUUUGGCAUUUUGAAUAAAUGUAUCCACUUAAAAUCAAAAUGUCAGAAUAGAACCUUCAGCUGAUCGCGCAUCGUGUUAUUCAAUUAGAAAGUCUGUACUUAAGUAAAGCUUAAAGCUUAAGUAAAGAGUUUGUUUGAACCCUCUGAUCUCUGUAAGUCAUUUUGAUAAGAUUUGGUUGAUCAAUCGUUGAUGGAGAUAUUCAAUCUAACAUAAAAAAAUUGUGUCAUGGUGUUCGUUGUUAUAGCUGGUUGUGAUGGUUAGUGGAUUUUAGUAAUUUUUUUGUAUAUUUGGCCGUUUUUCACCAUUUCCACUCUCCAUUUUCUUAUUUAAUAUGAAAGAAAACGUUUACCAGGUCAGUGUAUUACUAUUGUAAAAUCAUGUGACACUUGUUAUGCUUUGUGAAUAAUUUUUGAUUUAACUAAUAAAUAAUUGUUUGUAAUAGACCAGCGAACGCCCGCAAUUAUGCAAGAAUAUGUUUAUUUUUCCUCAGACCAAUUAUAGAAGGACCUGUAUCGCAUAGUCACGAACAAAAUUGUCUGUCAUUUUGUGAGGAAAACGAGCUUAGAUUUUGUAUAUAUCUUAUAGUAACCUAGAAGUUUUUGCCCGUUUUUUACACAAUUCAAUUACACAAAAAGGUAUUUUUACGGAGCUCUUUAACCGACGAACACGAUUACAACUAUUUGACAUCGAUUCUAUAGAGACAAUUUUUAUAAUCGCAUUAGAUCGUUGAUCAUAUACUUUGACAGAAAAGUAACGUCUAGCGAGGCAGGUCCUAUGCAAUAAUUGGUCUGAGUAUUUUUCUCUUUAUUAUGACGCGAGUAUAUCACAGUGGGCGGAUAAUUGUGGCUCUGAGUAUAUAUGCGUUUUAUAAUAAUAUUAGAUAAAAUGUUUUCAUAUGGAUGUUCAGGAGAUGUGCGAUCAGCUUAAAAUUGAAAUAACUCUUAUGAUAUAUUGUUACUAGGUCGGUUUUUAUAUGUCGCUAUAUUUAUGUUAUACUCGUAAUAUAAAUUUCUCGACGGCUUGGGGGCAUACUAUGUAAAUGUAACAUAUUCCAAUGGUGUUCUUUUUAUAUUAUAUUGAUUAUAUAUUA